AACAUAUAUCAAAGUGCAGUAGAUUCUUUAGCUGGCUGGUAGAUAAAGUUGGGAGCACGGUGAAGCAAUGCAAAAGAUGGUUUGGUAAUUUCGCCGCCUUACUACUCCCGCACCCGAUGUUUAAGCGUGGCUUCGAUUUUGUACUCAAUGCUGAAGGGUAGGUAAGAUGUGAGUGUAGUAAGAGGAACCCAGGAAUGCCAAUCCUAUCACGAUCCAGGCCAUAAGGUGAGUCCAAAGCUCUUCUGUGACAUGGUGUUUCUUGGAACUAAAGCUCAAGAAGGAACUCCAUAUCUAAUUAGUUCACCAUGGGUCUUUUCUCAUCCUCAUCCUCGGCAUCUUUACCACCUCCAAAAAUUGGCGCUGAUGGCGCACCGAUAGCUCCUGACCGCACACAAAGAUCUCGGUGCUGGGAAGCUAGAGAUGCUUAUUUUAAAUGUCUGGACAAGUCGGAAAUCAUCGAUAGUAUUACAGAGAAGGACAAGGCGGAGAAGGCAUGCGCGGUAGAGAGUAGAGGAUUUGAGAGUAAUUGCGCUACGAGUUGGGUGAGUUUUCUGGAUGAAAUCUGGAUUUAAGAGGGAAGAUUCAUAAAGGGGGGAAACAAGAUUGCACAAGAGAUAGAGCUGAGCUAACUUUGACUAAAAAAAGGUCCAGUACUUUAAGAAAAGAAGAGUUAUGGAAUACCAGCGCGAUCAAACGUUGCGAAGAUUGAAAGCCGAAGGGGCGCAGGAGAUGCCAGGACAGAUAGGACCUCCAGGGCCGGGGCAACGCCCAUGAUGAAUUAAGGAAAUGUAAUAAAUGUAUAACAGCACAUGGGGCGGAGUAAUGGGUUUGCAAAAGGAAUUAAAGCACGAUGAUGAACAUCUCCUAAAAACUAUCAACAGUAUCAACACCUGUAUUUUUCGUCGUUCGUGCGUGCAGCGCAGCGCAUCUUUACGAAGCCUUAAAGGAUUUCGCCUCGUUGCAGUGAUGGGUGCACUCGUGAUGGAUGAUACUUUAUGUCGGACAAAAGAGCAAGCAGCAUUGUAUUGUUAUAAAAGGA